AAAAAAGCUACUUUACUAUCAUAUGAUUUUAAUAUUACACAUUCGCCAGUUCGCACGAUGUCUGCAAGAAAGUUGCCAAUAGCUGAAUUGCAACAAGAAAAAACAUGGGUACCAUUCGCAGGCGAUUUCGCAAUUUUGAAGGACUUCUUUGCGCGCAAGGAGCGGCCAAUUUGGAGCGUAGUGCAAUUAUUUGAAAUUUUUCUGCGUGGAUUCGGACAAAUCGUUUUUUCGAAUAAUCCUCUCAGCGGGUUGCUGAUAAUAGUUACCUUGGCUGCGGUAGCGCCAGGUACAUUGGCGUUGUCUGCAACCACCGCCGGCCUUGGCCUCCUGCUGUCCGUGCUUAUACGAGAGCCUGAGGUUAUUGUAGAGAACGGAUUAAGCGUAUACAAUCCCCUGCUGGUCGGUGCAGUAUCCUAUGUUCUAAUACCGCAGAUUUACGGUACCUUUGAUGCCUUCAGCUUGCUGCUUGUGCUCUUAGCGACGAUACUCAGUGUUUAUCUCGCACGGUCCCUGAGAAGCGAUAAAUUCUCGUGCACAACGUGGCCAUUUAACCUGGUGGAGUUCGCGUUGAUUUUCGUCCUUUCGACGCAGAACGGCGCGGACGUAGUAGCCAAAUCUGUGAAACCAAUAUUUGAGAUGCACAAUGCAACAAGUGCGACGGCGACGACGGACGGCGUCGAUUUCUGUCUACAGAAUGCGACCAACGUUUGCGACGACUGGGGAAUGAUACUACGAGGUAGCGUUGUUUCCGCAUCGCAGUUGUUUGGCGUCGAUAAUGUGAUUCUUGGAUCCGUUUUGUAUCUGGCAAUAAUAAUAUAUUCGCCGGUGACAGUCGUGUUUUCGUAUUUCGGCGCUUUCUGCGGAACUUUUGCAGGCUGGGAUCUCGGGGCGGACUAUCGUUUGGUCUACAGUGGAAUGUGGGGAUACAACAGCCUUCUGACCGGGGCUGCUCUGGGAGGCAACCUGCUGGUGCUAAACGGUUAUACGGUCGCUGCCACUAUCAUGGCGAUCAUUUUUACUUCGCUCCUGCAAUAUUCCAUACAAUCGAUAUUUAUAAAAAUGCAGUUACCGGUAUUGGCACUGCCGUUCGUCAUAGCGACUUCGUUAUUCAUGAAACUGAGUGGCGGCAGCGAUGAUCCAACGUUUCCGUGGCCUACAUCGAUUUCCUCCCCCGAGAAAGAGCGUUAUCGUUAUCUCGCUCGUCGUGCAUUUCAAAAAGAAGAUGUGCCGGAAGAACCUGAACUCGUUAUCCAGAAUGGAAAGGGCACUUCUGGCGAAUAAUUAAUGGAUCAUCUCUGAGUGAUAUAAUUACAGUUUAGUGUUACAUAGUAGACGGUAAUUUUAAGCGUUUUGUAUCGUCUAAAUCGUCUAAAAUAAUCUCCGAUUAUAUUUAAAUAUUUAUACAAAUGUAUAUGUAUACUUCGUGAGCCAUUGAUUAUUUAUUAACAUGACUGAACUUGUUGUAUAUUUCCAGUAACAGUCUUGGAUUGAUGUAGCGCUAACCAAGUAUCCAAUAACCAAGUUUACUAUCUAUAUCUCUUUGAAAAAGGAAAGGAAUGUUUUCUCUCGAUCCACUCGCUCGAAACAGAUAAAAGUAUUCUUGCAAAGUUCACGAACAUAAAUGCCCAUAUAUCUCUCAAGCACCAUUGAAUGCUAAAAACAAUCAGGCUUGUAAAAAGUAACAUAAGUAGAUAUAGAUAUUUUGUUAUACCUUAGCAUGAUUUUAGCAAAUAGUAAAACACAUUUAUAACUUCUAGAAACAUCCAUAAAAGAAGCUACAUAUGAAAAAAAACUGCUCUGCAUUCAGAAGUAAAAGAUUUAAAAAUUGCAAAGAACGUGAUGAAAAUUUGCUAAAACGAUUCGAUUUCAAAAAGGACCGUAUUUGUUAAUCUAUGCACGUACACUCUCUUUUUCUUAUGCAAUUGAUGUCCGCGGAACAUCUCUGAUUUUACCUAGAUUCUUCGUCACGUUUCCAGAUAACGGCGUACGUGCUAAUCGCCUUAUCUCUUAUCGGUGAUUCAAAAAUACGCCGGGCGAGAGGGUGGUAUAAAGGCUUCGUUAGCGGAACAGUUUUCAUUCGGCGGAUCGUCUUUAAUGAACGUACGAAAAGCUACAAGUCGAUCGAUAAAAUUUAUUUCCACCACUUCCGUCAUCGAAAAUCGUAAAUUUUACCACUAGAUUUUUAUCGCGCGUUUCAUGACACAAAAUUGUAGCGGGCGAGCCGUAUGAAGCUUUAUCGCUUAUCGCUGCUAGAUUUCAACUCGUGCUGUUAUUCGACGACAAGCAGUCGUGAAAUGUAAGACGCGCGUAGAACUUUCCGUAUAGAGAAGACUAGUCUGGAAAUUUUGCAAAAGCGAAUCCACGAGAGAUCGUGUCGAGGACGUUUUAACAAUGGCGAGGCCAGCCCGAGGCACUGCCUCCGCACCAACCUAAUCAAACUAACCGAGAAGAGCGUCUUACUGCUCGCCACACAAUUCGCUUCGGUCAGAGAAAGGGCGCUAAUGAAAAGAAAGUAGGGCGAGAGUUCUGGUCCCUCGCGCGAUCGUUACUUCGAACGUCAUUUUUUAUUUUAAUCCGCAAAUCGAUAUCGAAAUUCGCUCAAUCUCGGCGUCUCGUAUUAACGGGAGAAAUGCGCUGUGUAAUAUGUUUUGAUGCUAUUACAAUGUGGG